AUGGAUAACUAUCAAAUGCCAUUUAAAAAUUAUCAAAGUGCGCUUGAUAUUUAUAUACAACUAAAUACUCAUUUAUCAAUGAGCAUGAUAUAUAAUAAUAUGGGUACACUUUAUACAAAACAAAAAGACUUGGAUAAAGCGUUCGAAUUUUAUGGUAAAGCGCUUCAACUAUUAGAAAUUUUACCUGAUACUGACUUACAUGUAGAAAUGGUUAAAAAUGCCGUAAAAAAAGUUAAAUCGGAAGGCAUCUUCCGUCAGCAGCCGAACUGGAACGAAAGUUGA